AAGGUUUGUAAAGAAGUCUUAAAGGUCUCCGCAGCUUUCAGAGCAACCUUCAGUUUGUCAGACUUUGCAGAGAUCUAAAACCUAAACUUAAAAUAUGAAUCUACUUUUUUUGCUAUGCAGUAAAAAGAGGAAGUGGAGCUUUCUGCAGAGGAAGAAAAUGUUGGUGCAUUUAUUAUUUGUUUCUGGUUUUGCAUCAGAGUGCUGCAGCUGUUCACAAAAGGUGGGGAUCCCUUGUUGUCACAUAUAUGAAGAUCAUCAGAAGGUGUCAGUAUUUGGUUCAUCACUCAGUCGGUAAGGACUCCGUGACGCAUGAGGCGGUAGAAACAGAGAGGUAAGAACUUCCCCUUCCCCAAAUGGCCAAGCUUUUAUAACCAACAGCCAGUCAAGUCGGAGCUCAACCCACUUUCGUCCCGUGCAGCCACAAACCACACCAGGGCGGAUAACGCCGACUUCUCAUGCUCACAUUUUCUCGUGCACGUUUGCAGGAGGGACAGGAAGGAGUGAUGCUGACUGCUACUGUGCAGCUCAGCAAGGAGGUUGCCACUGAAGUUUCUUGGAGCAUGUGUUUGCUGGUGACCAUGUUGUGGACUUAAGGAGGAAACAGCAGCACAAGGUCUGAAACCAACCACAGCCCAGCAUUACCAACUGAGCAAGGGAAGUGCCAAAAGGGCCUAUAGGAAAACAAAAAUGAAUCCAAACACAACCUCGUGCAGCUACAAUUUAGAGAGCUUUGAUGAAACCUUGGAGAAGCUCUACACGUACUUCUACCUGCUGCUCUUCAUCCCCGGGCUGCUGCUCAACACCAUCGCUCUCUGGGUUCUCUGCAGACACAUCAGGAAGAAGACCAAAGCUGUGAUUUUCAUGAUCAACCUGGCUCUGGCAGACCUUCUCCACAUCCUCUCCCUGCCCCUCAGGAUCUAUUAUUACUUCACACACACGUGGCCUUUUGGGAAAGCCAUCUGCCUGCUCUGCUUCUACCUGAAAUUCUUCAACAUGUACACUGCAAUAUUUUUCCUGAUGUGUAUCAGCGUGCAGAGGUACGUCUUCCUGCUCAGCCCAUUUACUGCCCGUCGCUGGAGACGCCGCUAUGACAUGAUGAUCAGCAUGGCCGUGUGGGUUGUGGUCGGCAUGGCCUGCUCUGUGUUUAUUCUGAUGCGGAGCAGCAGCAGCAGUGCACCAAAUGUCACGGACUCUACUCAGAUCGCCCCCACCCACCUAACCUCGGACACCGCUAAGAUUUCUGUGCAUCUGCUGGGUGCUAACACCAGCUCGCUCAGCUCCCCCGCCAGUAAAGGGAGCUGCUUCAAAGACCUGCCCAUCCGAAAAGUGUCGCUCCACCUGGUGGUCAUAAUGGUGACUUUCAACGAGCUGUUUGGCUUCUUCAUUCCUCUCAUGUGUAUUGGUUACUGCUCCAUACGCGUCGCCUGGUCCCUCACCCAUAAACCGGAGCAGAAGUCCGCCUCGCUCGGCGUCACGACACGCAGUCGACUCCAGUCGAUCCUUUCCAGCGGUCAAACAAAUAAAUCUCCUGAAAAGCCCAUGGACGGAGAGAAGAGGCGAGCUCUGCGGAUGGUGCUGAGCUGCGCCACUCUAUUUUUGGUCUGCUUCGCCCCGUACCACAUCAACUUCCUGCUCUACGCGUUGGAGUCUCAGAGCCUGGUGAGCCACUGCCCCACCAGGCUGGCUGUGAAGCAGUUCCACCCGGUAUCUCUGUGCUUGGCCAGCCUGAGCUCCUGCCUGAAUCCUCUUCUGUAUUACUUUGUCAAUGUUGAAUUUAGAAUGCACCUGAUCCGCACCUCCUCCUUCACCUCCUCGGUCUUCACCUCCCCGCUGGGGUCUCCGACAGAGUGUCCGACACAAACAAGACUGCUGAGGUUAGAGAGCAGCUGCUCAGAAAGGAAGAUGGCUGACUCUUUCUCAGGCGUUGACUGAGAUAAACGAGACAAAUGCUGUGGAUGGCAAACGUUCUGAAUGUGUGCUCGUGUCCAAAAGACUCAACCUGACAUGAACCCUGGUGGAAGUUGUGAUCAUAGCAGCAACUAUUCUGCUAAACACAAACCCCACAAACGUGGAAAAAAGUCCACUUCAGCUCCGUCAGUAUCAUUCAGCAUCAACUCACAGGAUGCAAAAGCCAAAUGCAUGAUGGUUUUGUAAAAAAGGCACGUGUUCUUUAACGUUGCAUGUGCAGAUGUCCCAGUAUUAUUUUGACCUACGUAGGCUGGGUGGGUUUCCCGGUCAGAUAAAUACUAAUUAUUACCACAGAUGCUUGAAAACGUUGCAAGGCCAUGCAGGUGGCAGCCCUGCUGACUUGUCCUAACCCCGGGUUUCCACGGGAGCCGUCAGCAGCACGUUACUGCAGCAGCACGUCUUGCUCGCGUAAGCUGCUGCUUGGCCCUUCCCACGAGACGCGAAGCAGCAGGGGAGCAGCUGUCACCGACCGAGCACGAAGUCACACGAGUGACUUCGUCAGUAAACACAACAACAAGCAGGAGAAAACUACAACAUGGUUUGUGUUUUAUGUUCUGUCCGUUUUAUAAUCGCCAAUACGGACCUGAAAAACAAAGGAGACCGCUAGCUAGCUGAUAACUUCUCACGGGGACGCACAGUUAGUAACAUUUUUUAAAGUAAAGCGACCGGAAGGCAGGACGUUCUUUAUUCUGAAAAUAUCGGGAGCUUCUCUCCAUUUCCGCGUCCGAUUUCCUGUCUUUCAUUCCCCAAAAAUGUCGAACCUGACCCGUUUCAGAGGCGUCGCGCGUAGGAAAUAGAACCGGCGCGUAAAGGCCGCGACAUGCUGCUCCUGAGACGCGGCCGACUCGCGCCGCUGACGGCUCCGGUGGAAAAGGUUCUGUUGACCACAGCGGUUCCUAUCAGCAGCCAUGACGUGCUGCUGCAGUAACGUGCUGCUGACGGCUCCGGUGGAAAGCCGGGGUUAGAAGGCUGCAGGUUUGAAUCCCAGAAGUGGUCGAUCUGCGUAGAGUUGCACAUUUACUGUUCAUCUUUACAUAAAUAAUCAUAAAACACAUUUUUUAUGAGUUCUGCUGAAAAGGAACAGCCAUCUUGCAACUAUACAAGUUCUCUUUGUAAAAUGUACUUCUAAUAUCGUCUGGUAGUACAAUAGUUCAUUGUCACAGAAAAACACCAUUUACUGUGAAAAACAAUGGUCGUGCGUCAUCGGGAGACACAUCUGCAUAACUGUGAAAUUUUACUCUGUGUCACCCGAUGACACCACCAAGUGGAAGCAUAUACAGAUUAAAAAGCACUGAGCCUAAAAUCGAACCCUGGGGCACACCACAUGUAAUCUCACGGGUCUUAGAACAGAAGGUAUCUAGACUCACCAUAAAGUCCUGUCUGUGAGAUGCAAAGUAAACCGUUUAGUUCUUUUUUACAGUACUACUCAUAGCCGACGCCUCAUCACAGCGCUGCCUGUCUUCAGGCAUUCUGGGACUUGUUGUUUUUGAGCGGUUUGUAUAGCAGACCAGCAGGCUGGUCACAACACAUAUUAUAUAAUCAUAUAGGCCAGAGUUUGGCAUAUGUGACCAAAACUAGGGAUGCACCGAUCAGGUUUUUUGCUGCCGAUCACCGAUACCGAUAUCAAAGAAUGCUGAUCACCGAUACCGAUCACCGAUACCGAUCACGUUCAUUGGCCAGAAAUUUUCUACAACAUUAUAAUGAGUGCUACAAACUACAUAAUCUGGGAAUAAAGGAAAUGUAACCUAAUCUAAAAUGGUCUGUAUGACCCCCAAAUCCCACUACCUCCGCUCCGCUCCGGUCCGCCCCCGCCUUCCGCAGCCACUUGCUUCCGAACUCAAUUUUUACUGCUACCCGCUCUACAACGGCUCCGCUCCGGUGCGGAGACCUGAGGGGGGCAAACAAGCAUGCGUGGGAUUUUCGAGAUCUUGCGAUACAGUCCGAGCAGUAAACGCGGAAGUUAGAUCCAAACACCCGUUGUGUGGGAGAAGCAUCGGCAUGAGCUGUUUAAUCUGCCCAUCAUUUGUGUUGACAGAUCAGCAGUGUUUGGAUCAACAAAGUGUGACUACUUUGAUAGUGGAAACUGUAUUUAUGGCUUACUUUUGUGCAUUUAAACUUCAGCCGCCAUUGAUAGUUGUUAAAAGUUGUUAAACCUGUGCAUAUGAAACAAAAAACGCCUUUUGUUUAUCGAUUUAUUGUGAAAAACGGAAAUUGUGCUCGCUCCUUUUCCUGUUGGGCCGUUGUGAUUUCUGUCCAUUUACUGCGGAGGUGCUCCGGCGUCCGGCGAAAAUAGGAUCGAUUCUAUUUUUGCCGGACGCCGGAACACGGCCGCAGUAGUGGAAUUGCUCUGAUUGACUACAACGGGACCGAUUUUGCUCCGGCGUUCGUGUCGGAGCGGAGCGGAGGUAGUGGAAUUUGGGGGUUAGGGUUGUCACGGUGUGAAAAUUUAACCUCACGGUUAUUGUGACCAAAAUUACCACGGUUUUCGGUAUUAUCGCGGUAUUUUUUUUAAACAUGCUACAUUUUCACACAAUUAAAUAAACCCUGUAUGUCAGGAAAUAUUGUCCUCAGUUUGUGUCUAAAUUUUGCCUAAAAUGUGUUAUUUUGUAAUUAAGUUGUUUAUUUGUUUACAUUUUCCCCUUCAGUCUUUAAAAUACCAAUAUUUGCCCAUAACUUCUUAUUUUAUGUCUGUUUGAUGUCAUCAUUUUAAAAAUAUUAGAUCAGAUGAUACUCAGUACUCAAGUAGCCUUCUAAUCAGAUACUUUUUUACCCUUACUUGAGUAAUAAACCCUAUAUCAGGAAAAUAUUUUACUCGGUUUGUGUUCUUCCAGUGAGUUUUGCAGAUGUGGGAAAAUGUCAUCAGGCAGUAAUCAUUGUUAAAUUCAUAAUUAUUCUCGGAGAGAGACCAACUCUUAUCUGCCCCUGGGAGCCCCGUAAUGCAUAGCGUCAUUUCAACAUGGCGGUGUCCGCGACACGGUUUAUAUGCAGGUAGCGGCGCUGCGGCUGCUUUAUAUAGCGACUCGUUGCAUUCUCCCUCAACCCAAAUCCUCGGAUCACGCAUUUUAGCUAAAACGCUAACGUUAGCUUGCCUUGCGUUGACUGUAGAGUUGUGGGUGAUGGUCACGCAGAUGUGUCAUGAGAUUUGAAGCGUUGCUGCCUUUCACAGACACUUUUUCUGCUCGUGCUGCAAACAGGAUAGCCGUCCGUCUUCCAUAAACUCCCUCGGCAUUCUUCAAAUAUCUAAAAGAUGCCCGUACUUCCGACUUUGUCUUCUUUGAGGGAUAAUAAAUGUCCUCCUGAGCGCUGCCGUCUCCUCCUUUGACCAUUAUUUCAGCUUUAGCUUCAAGAAAGUUUUGUUGUAAACAACAAAGUGCGCAUGUGCCGCCGGCAACUUCAGCAGAUGAUACGGUGGCUGGUAAGGGUGACCGCGCCUACACCGCAGCCACGGUAAUCCACCGAGAUAAUAUAGUUUUUUUAAAAACAAGACGGUUAUUAUUGUCAACUUUUUUUCUUUUCUUUUUUUUUUACCGGGGUUUAGCGCUACACUGGUUACCGUGACAACCCUACCUGAUCGGUUUGCUCUGAUCUAUUUUGAAAAUUCCGAUCAAAACCGAUAGGGGCGCUAUCGGCCGAUUACGAUCAAAUGCCGAUCCAUCGGUGCAUCCCUAACCAAAACGUACCGUCUUUAAAUCAUUUUAGCAUGUCUAAGGUGGAGGCAUUUUUACAAUUGUAUUUGUUUUUUACAGAUAAGCGGCUGAUUUGGAUGUAUUUGUUUUAUAUUUAUUUUUAAAACAUAAGUCUACAGAAAUGUAAACCGAUACCGAUGGUAUGAGAUGUAUGACAUCACUGCAACGUGAUUGGAUAGUUGCUGUCUUGGUUCUGGGUUAGAGAAAAUGGUUCGACUCUGAAGCAGAUUUUAAACGAGGCCUGGCCUUUCUGUUCAACAGGAAGUCAUGUGAGUAAAAAUGAUGUUUCCUCAUGACGACUAAUGUGUGGAAACGUUUCUCUAAGUCUGCGUGUCUCGUGCACGACUUUAAAUAAGCUAACUCACUUAAGCUGUGUGUCAGUUCCUCGUUCUUCACUGUAAAUAAAAUUCAUGUUUUCUGCCUCA